CCAAAAAUGGGGAACGCGUUUCUUUGGCCAAGCGAGCGAGCUCACGUAACUGUUUGGACAACCAUGUAUUUGCCAGCGAUUAUUCGUAAACCUGCAGUGUCCUUGAUUGGAGAAAAAUGCUACGUUUCGCUCAUUGAAGACCUGAACUUUGCGGAUGUCGACUGCAUAAAGUAUUCUCUUUCAAAGGGGCUCGGUUUUGGCAUUGUCGCCGGUGGUUGCAUUGUCAAGAUUCCUCAGAUUUUGAGCAUUAUGGGCAAUCAGUCCGCCCAAGGCCUGUCACUAACGUCCUACUUGAUGGAAACGGUGAGCUAUGCCAUCACCUUGGCCUACAAUUUCCGACAGAACAAUCCGUUCAGCACAUUUGGAGAAAUCUUUUUCAUUCAGUUGCAGAAUAUCGUCAUUACCCUUUUGAUCUUGUUCUACGCCGGCCAGCAUGCCAAACUACUCGCUACGUUUGCAGGCCUCAUCGGUUUGACUUACUGCUUGGUAGACCCGACCAUGGUGUCGCCUAUGUUAAUGGCCAAUCUUUACGCAGCUACCAUUCCGCUGAACUUGGCCAGCAAAGUGCCUCAGAUUUACACGAAUUUUGUCAACAAAUCCACCGGUCAAUUGUCCGUUUUUGCCGUCGUCAACUACUUUGCAGGAAGUGCUGCACGCGUGUUUACCACCAUGACCGAACUCGACGAUCCACUCAUGCUCAGCGGCGCCCUGUUAGCCACCGCUCUCAAUGGCAUUCUCUUACUGCAAGUCAUCAUCUACUGGGGCAAAGGCGGAAAGAAAUCCAUCAAAAAGGAAUAAAAUCAUGUAAUCAUGGUAUUUGCCAAAUAAUAAAAAUCUGGAACCGAUAAAAAAUAGCAAUAUUCAAGUUAUUCAACCGUAGCGAAGCGAGACCAAAAAAAAAAAAAAAAAGAAA